AUGGCCUGCGUAGUUUGCGCAGCACAAGCAAGUGUUUACUGUGAGAAUGACAAGGCGCUGCUCUGUAAAGAUUGCGACGUUCGCAUUCACAUGAGCAACGCGGUGGCUGCGCGCCAUGUGCGCCGCAUUCCAUGCGAAGGGGGCUGCUCAAAGGGCGCUUCGCUUUUCUGCCGCUGCGACAACGCCUACAUGUGCGAGGCCUGCCAUUGCGCUAAUCCAUUGGCAGCUACUCACGAGACAGAGCCGACUGCUCCGCUGCCGCUUAUGGAGCAGGAAAAUGCGGUUGCUGAGCAGCCACAUGCCACCGGCCCGUGCGAGUCUGUUGCACAGUCGGCCGCUAGCCCAGUGGCUUGGUUCGUCGACGAUGAGAAGCCGUCCCUGGGUUCCUUUGAGGAGCCAAUCAUGCUCUCGCCAGCUGGCAGCGAAGCUGUUGUGCCAGUCAUGUCUGCACCUGCGGAUGAUUUUACUUUUACAGAGCCGGCGACCUUCAAGGAGAUAAAGGAUAAGCUAGAGUUUGAGUCUCUGGAGUUUGACAACUCUUGGAUGGAGUUGAAUUUCGACUUUACGGACAUUCUUUCUGACGGUCCUUCAGAUGUGGGCCUUGUGCCAACUUUCGACCUGGAGGGUGUUGACCCCGUCGCGGACGCGACGGUGCCGUCCGUCGCUGAAGAAGUUGUUGUUGCGGAGUCUGAUGCCGCAACUGAAAUACAUCGCAAGCGGACUGCGGAACCGAGCGAUGAGGAGCCGGCAGCGAAGCUGCCGGCAAUUUCGGAGGCUGCCACCACUGCGCUCGGCUUGCAUGCGGCCUUCCAGAUGACCCAGCCUGCCUCUCUGUUCUUCCAGUCCGCCGUAGCGCAGCCGUCGCUGCUGCCGCCGAUGGUGCCGCCGGCGGUCAUUUCGCCGCUGGCGACAACGGCGGCGGCACCACCACUGCAACCGCCACCGACGGCGGUGCAGUCAAAGAGCAGCGCUGCCUACAACACAGCCUUGGCAGCUGGUGCUAACCUUACCCGCGAGCAGAGGGUAGCUAGGUACCGGGAGAAGCGCAAGAACCGCAAGUUUGAGAAGACCAUUCGUUACGCCUCUCGCAAGGCUUACGCUGAGAUCAGGCCUCGUAUUAAGGGGCGAUUUGCGAAGAAGGAAGAGAUUGAAGCGUGGAAGGCUGCGCACGGUGGUGAGGAUGCUGUGGUCCCUGAGAUUCUCGACGGGGAGUUUUGA